CGCCGAAGAACUGAUUGGAGUGUGUGGUUCUCUGUGAUAGAAACUCGUGGUGCAGCCGCAUCGCACACGUAGAAAAAGGCAAAAAGGGAGCUCAGGGGAUGCGAGAGACGGUGAAACUGCAAGAUGAAGUGCUUGGAUGGAGAGCGUUUGGAAUCCACGCAGGGUGUCGGAGCGGAAAGAAACAAACUCACCAUGACUAGAAAGGCUUCCUUGUCUCUCACCUGCAACAGGAGAGGGAUGGUUUGGCAACAGCCCCCGCGAAACAGUCGCCGUGCUUCUCUUCUCCGCCUGCUGGCACUGUGUUCGUUGGGGGUAUGUGUGGUGGGAACUACAGAUAUCGCCUUUUGUUCUCUUCCCUUUUCAGCGAGGGCUGCUCCUACUACAGGGGAAGAUGCAAAAAUCGAAGACUCCCCUCAGUACGCUGCCUUCAAAGCAGCACUCUCAUCAGGUCGUUUCCCCACGGACGUCGCCAUGCGCCGCCUACAACAGACACACCGUGUGCAGUUUGAACACGCAGAGCAACCAGAGGAAAUGGAGCCAGAAGAAGAUGUGUAUGGUUCGUUGCAAGAUGAGACAAACAGCGCAUUACCAGAUCGUUCUUACAGUGACGACAACUCGAAAAAAGACAAGUUUCAGCGAGAGGAGUCGGGUGAGGAACAUCCGGAGGUGCAGUCCACCUCCGCGAUGGUCGGCGUCCUUGAAAGGUUGCAAGGGAACCAAGAAGAACAAAGUGUGCAAGGGAAAGAGCAGGAUAUCAAUGUGGUACCGGAACGAAAACAGCAGGUGGACGGAAGCACCGCAUCAGACAAACAGAACCACGUAUUAAGUACACCCAGGCACCAGCCAUUUCAGUUUUCCUCCAUGCCAGCGACUGGGGGAAGAGGUCGAUCUGCAGUAGAGGGGUUCCCUCGUACACUGGUGGACACACGUCCGCGGGCAUCGAUGAAUACUCGCACUCCACGCAGAGCCGGCAUGGUCACACAAGACAGGCCAAUGAGGAUAGCCACAUCUUCUGUGAAAACUCAAGGAAAGAUGCUCGAUACGAUUCCGGCUUUCACCGUCUCACCGGAAUACGUUUCUGCCUCAUCUCGCGUGGACACGAGGCCGGUGCAGUAUUUAAAAGCCUUCGCUGAUGAUGACCGGUCUAUGCCUGGGGUUGGAAGCAGCGCCUAUGCGCAAGGACAGUAUGUUGAUUCGUCUACUAGAGUAGAACCAGCCUCGCGUACUUCGGCGGGUUUUCUGCCAGAUGAGGAUUGGACAGAAAGCUUCAGACAGCAGCUGUCUCAAGAUGAGGCGCACUGGACAAAAUGGGCCAGAAAAUCGGCCAAGCCAAAUUCGACGGGCUGCACUUUCGACUCACAAGGGAGAGAGGACUGCGCCCUUCCGCACUUUGUACCUCCAGGUGUUACACCGUCCGAUCUGAAAGAGCAACUGGCCAUGAUCGACAGCUAUCUCGACGACCAACACUGGUCGGAGGUAUACCUCACGGGCCACAGUGACGCCGAUCCCGGUAACCCGCCAGUUCAGGCGGAUGACACUUUCAGUGAAACAUCUCAGAGUGAGGAGGUUGGAAGCACUGCCAGUCUCUCGUCCUUUGUUGUUCCUCCGCGGGUGGUAACGCGCCGAGACAACACAUUCCGAUCUGGCGACGUGAACACCUGUGUCCGGUGUCAGAAAGUUGUUGUCUGCUACAUGCUGUACCCUGGAAUCCACACUCUCCAGUCGUGCACGUUGCUGUUUUUCCCCGAUGCAAUAAACGACCCGUUCUCAGCCUUCAAUAACGAAUGCAAUUUAUGCCUUUUUUCGCAACCCAGAAAUGCCCGCCGCGUGGUUGCCGCAGCGGCCUCUGCCGCAGCCGCAGCCGGCGCUGCAGCUGCUGCCGGAGCGACCAGGCACGUAAUAGCUGCUGCGGCGGCAGCAGCUGCAAAUGCGGCAACGAUUGCGGCUCUGGACGCGAGUAAUGGGAGGGGUUCAAGAGACUUUGAAAUUGGAGCAGAAGGUCCAUUUGAAAAGGCCACGGAAGGUGCUACGGCGCCCCGGAGACGCCUGCAGGCUGCUGAAGAGUACGAAGCCGAAGACAAGUACUCGCAUCAGAACACACCCAAUUCUGGACAGAUUGUGACCAAGGCAGUCGAACCCAAAACCGGCGACGGCGUCCGAGGGGAAUCGAGCAUUCACACCCGUAUGAUUUUGAGGCAGAUGCGUGAGCACCCGCGGAUGAUGCAGUUAAUCUUGGCGGCAGCUUUACUGGUGGGCGUGGAUUCCGAGAAGGCGCUGCUCUUUGACCAGAGAAACAGAGAUCUGUCGAUUGACGUAUCCCAACCGGUACUGCCGAGGAAUGUCGCAAGGGAGAAGGGGACUGCCUCUGUCAAACCUGAUGGAGGAAAGACAAGUCGUGACCAAAACUCCGGCUCCGUUGCCUACCACAGAAGGAAGCAACUUGAGAUCAUCGCGGCCAGGCAAUAUCCAAACAUGUCACGGUUUUGGGAAGCUGCCGCCGGGCUACUUACUGGAGCAAAUGCGGAUGAUGUUCUCCGUCUUCGCAGACGACGACAACACGUGGUCAAACAGACUGCUGAAGUCUCGCCCGCUGCGCAGCCUGCGUUCUCAGUGCAUACGAAUCCACUGAAGGAUAACGCAGCAGUGGUCAGCAAAACCCGGAGGCAGCUGGAAAGGCAACAUCCUCAGAUGACCAAAUUCUGGGAGGUAUUCGGUGCCCUUCUGACAGGGAAGGUCUCGGCUGUGAAACGGAUGAGAAAACAACGGAUGAGUGCCUAGCAGCGAACUCGUUUUAUCGAACACAUCUUUGUUCCGAUUGCGACAGAAGCGACAGGUGAGGAGCUCAGAAGGUAGGGCCGACCUGCUCAAAUGUUUAGAACUGUCCAAUUUUUCCAGUUGCUGCUCGAGAAAGACGUCCGCCAAUAUAGUCUGCUCUAUCUAUACUGGGCAUUUGCACCCGCAGAAUUGUAGCGCAUUAUUGGCAAUUCCUGAAUGACUAGGUUCAUAACUAUAUGCGCUCCUCCGUCACUAAGGCGCUGCCACCUCUCGUAGGUAACCUCUCCGAAACCUUCUCUUCGUGUACUUUUUGUGUAUGCACAACGGAGAAGGGAGUGAAUUCAAGAGACUGGUAUCGUGUAACAGACCAUUGAUUAGCGGGUUGCCACAACAAGAUCAGGUCAACCAUCCAGGGAUGUGCGUGGUGGGCAGCUCUGGCUGGAGGAUCACAGGA